GGGGCGGCCCCAGCCCUAGCAGCCCCGGGAGCUCUCGGGGUCUCAUUCUCUGAAGUGGGUGCAGCGGGUGUGCUCGGUGCUGACGGCCUCCGCCUCUGCCUCCCUCGUCGCUCCGAGAAGAUGGCUCUGCAGACCCCGAGAGGCCUCGGCCCCGCGGCCGUGCUGGUGCUGCUGUCGGUGCUGAAUAAGACUUGGAAUCCAAGGUUUCCACUCUGGUUUCCAGGUGUGAUUCUUCUUGGUGGGAGACUUGCCGUGGGCCUCACACCUCACACCUCACACCUCACCCACUGCCUUUUCCUGUCUGUUGCCCCAGUGGAGCCGAUGGUGAGCAUCUCCCUAUCCAAGACAGAGGCCCUGAACCAUCAUAACCUGCUGGUCUGCUCGGCGUGGGAUUUCUAUCCACAGCAGAUCAAAGUCCAGUGGUUCCGGAAUGGCCAGGAGGAGACAUCUGGCGUCGUGUCCACCCCUGUUAUUAGGAACGGGGAUUGGACCUUCCAGAUCCUCGUGAUGCUGGAGAUGACCCCCCGGCGAGGAGACGUCUACACCUGCCGCGUGGAGCACCCCAGCCUCCAGAGCCCCAUCACGGUGGAGUGGCGGGCACAGUCUGAAUCUGCACAGAGCAAGAUGCUGAGCGGCAUCGGGGGCUUCGUGCUGGGGUUGAUCUUCCUAGGACUGGGAUUUCUCAUCCAUCGCAGGAGUCAGAAAGGAACUCAUGGGCCUCAGCCAGCAGGGCUCUUGCAGUGACUCUGAGUGUGUUUUGACGGGAAUUGGCUGUCACUCUUCUGGAAAGCCUGCCCGUCACAGCCCAGAAUUCCCAGCUUGACUCACCCUGUCUCCUUCGGUGGUCAGAGUUCUUUAGUGGCUUCAGUGCAGUUCCAGCUCAACUCCUGUGACCCCCGCCCAAGGACCUCAGACCCACUCCCUGCACUGACUCUGCAGUCUCCAUCUCUGUGCUGCAGCAGCAUCUACUCAGACCCCAAGGGCUUGCUGUUUUCACUCCUGCCCCAGCAGACUGCUCAAGAGAUGCUUUGAAACCAUUUGCCUGGCUGUAGAGUUUUAUUUUAUCAUAAGUAAACAUGAUUCUGAGUUGC